AUGUCCAGCAAAGCUGAGAAGAAGCAGCGAUCGAGUGGCCGAGGAAGCUCCCGGGCAAGCCGGUCAGGGCGGGCCGCUCAGGCUGCUGUGGCCACAGAGGAGCAGGGGAACGCCCUGGCUGUCAGUGAGCCGGAGCCGCAGGCUGAGCUCCCCAAGGAGAAGCCUGAGCCGCGGUUGGAGGGACCUCAAGCACAGAGUGAAGAAUCGGUGGAGCCUGAGGCAGAUGUGAAACCCCUCUUCCUUUCCCGAGCUGCGCUGACAGGACUGGCGGAUGCAGUGUGGACACAGGAGCACGAUGCCAUUCUGGAACACUUUGCCCAGGACCCUACAGAAUCCAUCCUCACCAUCUUCAUUGACCCUUGUUUUGGGCUGAAGCUAGAUCUGGUCAUGCCUGUACAGACCCAGAACCAGCUUGUCUAUUUCAUUCGCCAAGCACCGGUCCCCAUCACCCGGGAGAACUUUGAGGCAAUCGUGCAGUUUGGGAUGGUGCGGGGCCCCUAUAUCCCGGCCCUGCUUCGGCUGGUCAGUGGAGUCUUUGCCCCUCAGAUCUUUGCAAACACAACCUGGCCUGAGAGCAUUAGAAAUCAUUUUGCUUCUCAUCUGCACAAGUUCUUGGCCUGCCUGACAGAUACUCGGUACAAACUGGAGGGGCACACAGUCCUCUACAUCCCUGCAGAGGCCAUGAACAUGAAGCCUGAAGUGGUGGUAAAGGACAAAGAGCUGGUGCAGCGGCUAGAGACCUCCAUGAUCCACUGGACCCGGCAGAUAAAGGAGGUGCUUAGUGCCCAGGAGACCGUGGAGACAGGAGAAAAUUUAGGUCCUCUGGAGGAGAUUGAGUUCUGGCGCAACCGAUGCAUGGACCUGUCUGGCAUCAGUAAACAGCUGGUGAAGAAGGGAGUGAAGCACGUUGAAUCCAUCCUGCACCUUGCCAAGUCGUCCUACUUGGCGCCCUUUAUGAAGCUGGCACAGCAGAUCCAGGAUGGCUCGCGUCAAGCACAGUCAAACCUGACCUUUUUGUCAAUCCUGAAGGAACCUUACCAGGAGUUGGCUUUCAUGAAGCCCAAGGACAUCUCUAGCAAGCUCCCUAAGCUGAUCAGUCUCAUCCGCAUCAUCUGGGUUAACUCUCCCCACUACAACACUCGGGAGAGGCUGACCUCACUAUUCCGAAAGGUAUGUGACUGUCAGUAUCACUUCGCCCGCUGGGAAGAUGGCAAGCAGGGUCCCCUUCCUUGCUUCUUUGGUGCCCAGGGGCCACAGAUAACACGGAAUUUGCUGGAGAUUGAGGACAUCUUUCAUAAAAAUCUGCACAUGCUGCGAGCUGUUCGCGGGGGCAUCCUGGAUGUCAAGAACACCUCUUGGCAUGAAGACUACAAUAAGUUCCGUGCCGGAAUCAAGGACCUGGAGGUGAUGACCCAGAACCUGAUCACCUCGGCCUUCGAGUUGGUGCGGGACGUACCGCACGGCGUGCUCCUGCUGGACACCUUCCACAGGCUUGCUGCCCGCGAGGCUAUCAAGCGGACUUAUGACAAGAAGGCGGUGGAUCUCUAUAUGCUGUUCAAUAGCGAGCUGGCCCUGGUGAACCGUGAACGGAAUAAGAAGUGGCCAGACCUGGAGCCCUACAUGGCCCAGUAUUCCGGACAGGCACGCUGGGUGCACAUCCUCCGGCGUCGCAUCGACAGAGUCAUGACUGUAAGUGCCUGGUCCCUUCUGAUUCUCUUUGUGGAAAUUGACUACUGGGAGCGGCUGCUGUUUGAGACGCCCCAUUACGUGGUGAACGUAGCCGAGCGAGCCGAGGACCUGCGCAUUCUGCGUGAAAAUCUGCUACUUGUUGCUAGAGACUACAAUAGGAUUAUUGCCAUGCUGUCCCCAGAUGAGCAGGCCCUUUUCAAAGAGCGUAUUCGGUUCCUGGAUAAGAAGAUCCACCCGGGACUCAAGAAACUGCACUGGGCCUUGAAGGGGGCCAGUGCCUUCUUCAUCACGGAGUGCCGUAUACAUGCCAGCAAGGUGCAGAUGAUUGUGAAUGAGUUCAAGGCAUCCACUCUGACCAUUGGCUGGCGAGCCCAAGAGAUGUCAGAGACGCUGCUGGUACGCAUUAGUGGCAAACGGGUAUACAGGGACCUGGAAUUUGAAGAGGACCAAAGAGAGCAUCGGGCAGCUGUACAGCAGAAAUUGAUGAGCCUGCACCAGGAUGUGGUGACCAUCAUGGCCAACUCUUAUGAGGUCUUCAAGAAUGAUGGUCCUGAGAUUCAGCAGCAGUGGAUGCUGUACACAAUUCGGCUGGACCGCAUGAUGGAGGAUGCCCUGCGCCUGAAUGUGAAGUGGUCACUGCUAGAACUAUCCAAGGCUAUCAAUGGGGAUGGAAAGACCAGCCCAAACCCAGUCUUCCAAGUCCUUGUCAUUUUGAAGAAUGAAAUGCAAGGAGGUGUGGCACAGGUGGAAUUCUCACCCACUCUGCAGACUUUGGCAGGUGUGGUCAACGACAUUGGCAACCACCUCUUUUCCACCAUCUCUGUCUUCCGCCACCUCCCUGACAUUCUCACCAAGCGCAAGUUACAUCGUGAACCCAUCCAAACAGUUGUAGAGCAAGAUGAGGACAUCAAGAAGAUCCAGACCCAAAUCAGCAGCGGCAUGACUAACAAUGCGAGCCUGUUGCAGAACUACCUCAAGACCUGGGACAUGUACCGGGAGAUCUGGGAGAUCAACAAGGACUCUUUCAUUCGUCGCUACCAGCGCCUCAACCCGCCUGUCUCUUCUUUUGAUGCCGACAUUGCCCGCUACACAGAAGUUGCUAAUAACGUGCAGAAAGAGGAGACCGUCACCAACAUCCAGUUUGUGCUGCUGGACUGUUCACACCUCAAGUUCUCCCUGGUACAGCACUGCAAUGAGUGGCAGAACAAGUUCACAACUCUGCUGAGGGAGAUGGCUGCUGGGCGUCUCCUGGAGCUGCACACCUACCUGAAGGAGAAUGCAGAGAAAAUCAGCCGCCCUCCCCAGACGCUGGAGGAACUAGGGGUCAGCUUGCAGCUCAUGGAUGCCCUGCAGCAUGACUUGGCCAACCUGGAGACUCAGAUCCCUCCCAUACACGAGCAAUUUGCUAUUCUUGAGAAGUACGAGGUGCCAGUCGAGGACAGUGUCUUGGAGAUGCUGGACAGUCUCAACGGGGAAUGGGCUGUCUUCCAACAAACUCUGCUGGACAGUGAGCAAAUGCUGAAGAAAUACAAGGAGAAAUUCAAGACAGGCCUGAUCCACUCGGCAGAUGACUUCAAGAAGAAAGCACAUACGCUUCUGGAAGAUUUCGAAUUCAAAGGCCCUUUCACCAGCAACGUGGGACACAUGUCUGCCCUAGACCAGAUCGCACAAGUGCGGGCCAUGCUGGUGGCCAUGCGGGAAGAGGAAAACAGUCUCCGAGCCAACCUGGGCAUCUUCAAGAUCGAGCAGCCACCCUCUAAGGACCUUCAGAACCUGGAGAAGGAGCUCGACGCCCUCCAGCAAGUCUGGGAGAUCACACGAGACUGGGAGGAGAACUGGAAUGAGUGGAAGACUGGCCGGUUCCUGACCCUGCAGACCGAAACCAUGGAGACCAUGGCCCACGGGCUGUUUCGUCGCCUCACAAGAUUAGCCAAAGAGUAUAAGGACCGAAACUGGGAAAUUAUUGAAACCACUCGCUCAAAAAUAGAGCAGUUCAAGAGGACCAUGCCUCUCAUCUCAGACCUGCGGAACCCUGCCCUUAGAGAGAGGCACUGGGACCAGGUCAGGGAUGAGAUCCAGCGGGAGUUUGAUCAGGAAUCUGAAAGCUUCACCUUGGAGCAGAUUGUGGGGCUUGGGAUGGAUCAGCACGUGGAGAAAAUUGGGGAGAUCUCUGCUUCAGCAACUAAAGAGCUGGCUAUAGAAGUGGCUUUACAAAACAUUGCCAAGACCUGGGAUGUGACUCAGCUUGACAUAGUACCCUACAAGGAUAAAGGCCAUCAUCGGCUCAGAGGUACAGAAGAAAUAUUCCAGGCGCUGGAAGAUAACCAGGUAGCUCUGUCUACCAUGAAGGCAUCUCGCUUUGUUAAGGCCUUUGAGAAGGAUGUGGAUCACUGGGAACGCUGCCUCUCCCUCAUUUUGGAGGUUAUUGAGAUGAUUCUCACAGUGCAGCGUCAGUGGAUGUACUUAGAGAAUAUCUUCCUAGGAGAAGACAUCCGCAAGCAGCUGCCCAAUGAAUCGGCCUUAUUUGACCAGGUCAACAGCAACUGGAAAGCUAUCAUGGACAGGAUGAACAAGGACAACAACGCUCUCCGGAGCACCCAUUACCCAGGCCUCCUGGACACAUUGACAGAAAUGAACACAAUCCUGGAAGAUAUUCAGAAGUCUCUGGAUAUGUAUUUAGAGACCAAGCGACAUAUUUUCCCCCGCUUCUACUUCUUGUCCAAUGAUGACCUACUGGAGAUUCUGGGCCAGUCCCGAAACCCAGAGGCUGUGCAGCCGCACCUCAAAAAAUGCUUUGACAACAUCAAGUUGCUGAGAAUCCAGAAGGUUGGAGGGUCCAGCAGCAAAUGGGAAGCUGUGGGAAUGUUCUCGGGCGACGGCGAGUACAUUGAUUUCCUCCACUCAGUACUUUUAGAAGGGCCUGUGGAGUCCUGGCUUGGCGAUGUGGAACGGACCAUGAGGGUGACCCUGCGGGACCUUCUCCGGAACUGCCGCCUGGCCCUCAAGAAGUUCCUCAACAAGAGGGACAAAUGGGUGAAGGAGUGGGCUGGCCAGAUGGUGAUCACUGCCAGUCAGAUCCAGUGGACGGCUGAUGUCACCAAGUGCCUGCUGACUGCGAAGGAGCGGGGAGACAAGAAAAUCCUCAAGGUCAUGAAGAAGAAGCAGGUGUCAAUCCUGAAUAAGUAUUCAGAAGCUAUCAGGGGGAACUUGACCAAGAUCAUGCGGCUUAAAAUUGUGGCUCUGGUGACGAUAGAAAUUCAUGCCCGAGAUGUAUUGGAGAAGCUUUACAAGAGUGGCCUCAUGGAUGUCAAUUCAUUUGACUGGCUCAGCCAACUUCGGUUCUACUGGGAGAAGGAUCUUGAUGACUGUAUGAUCCGCCAGACCAACACGCAAUUUCAGUAUAGUUAUGAGUACUUGGGUAACUCGGGCCGGCUUGUCAUCACCCCCCUGACGGACAGAUGUUACAUGACACUGACCACGGCAUUGCACCUGCACCGAGGGGGCUCCCCAAAAGGCCCCGCAGGCACGGGCAAGACCGAGACCGUCAAGGACCUGGGCAAGGCCCUGGGCAUAUAUGUCAUUGUGGUCAACUGCUCUGAGGGCCUGGACUACAAGUCCAUGGGCCGAAUGUACUCAGGUCUGGCUCAGACUGGAGCCUGGGGUUGCUUUGAUGAGUUUAACCGCAUCAACAUCGAGGUGCUGUCAGUGGUGGCCCAGCAGAUCCUGUCCAUCCUAUCUGCCCUGGCUGCCGGCCUCACCCGUUUCUAUUUUGACGGCUUUGAAAUAAAUCUGGUGUGGUCCUGUGGGAUCUUCAUUACCAUGAAUCCUGGCUAUGCUGGCCGCACAGAGCUUCCUGAAAAUCUGAAAUCCAUGUUCCGCCCAAUUGCCAUGGUGGUGCCUGACUCCACCCUCAUUGCAGAAAUCAUUCUCUUUGGAGAGGGCUUUGGCAACUGCAAGAUUCUGGCCAAGAAGGUGUACACACUCUACUCACUGGCUGUGCAGCAGCUCUCCCGACAGGACCACUAUGACUUUGGCCUGCGUGCCCUCACCUCCCUUCUGCGCUAUGCUGGCAAGAAGCGCCGCCUACAGCCGGAUCUGACUGAUGAAGAGGUUCUGCUGCUCUCAAUGAGAGAUAUGAACAUCGCCAAGCUCACUUCAGUUGAUGCACCCCUGUUCAAUGCCAUCGUGCAAGAUCUGUUUCCCAACAUUGAGCUGCCUGUCUUUGACUAUGGCAAGCUGCGGGAGACCGUUGAGCAGGAGAUUCGAGACAUGGGCCUGCAAAGCACGCCGUUCACCCUCACCAAGGUUUUCCAGUUGUAUGAAACCAAGAACUCCCGCCACUCCACCAUGAUUGUGGGCUGCACGGGCAGUGGCAAGACGGCUUCAUGGCGCAUCCUGCAGGCCUCCCUGUCCUCUCUGUGCCGCGCUGGAGACCCUAACUUCAACCUUGUUAGAGAGUUCCCUUUGAACCCCAAGGCAUUGUCUCUAGGGGAACUGUACGGGGAAUAUGACCUCAGCAGCAAUGAAUGGACAGAUGGCAUCUUGUCCAGUGUCAUGCGGACGGCAUGUGCAGAUGAGAAACCCGAUGAGAAGUGGAUCCUGUUCGACGGCCCCGUGGACACGCUGUGGAUCGAGAGCAUGAACUCUGUCAUGGAUGAUAACAAGGUGUUGACCCUCAUCAACGGCGAGCGCAUCGCGAUGCCCGAGCAGGUGUCUCUUCUGUUCGAAGUGGAGAACCUGGCAGUGGCCUCUCCAGCCACCGUAUCCCGCUGCGGGAUGGUCUACACUGACUACGCUGACCUGGGCUGGAAGCCCUAUGUUCAGUCGUGGCUGGAGAAGAGGCCAAAGGCUGAGGUGGAGCCCCUUCAACGCAUGUUCGAAAAGUUCAUCAACAAGAUGCUGGCCUUUAAGAAGGACAACUGCAAGGAGCUGGUGCCCCUGCCCGAGUACAGUGGUAUCAUCUCCCUCUGCAAGCUGUACUCGGCCCUGGCCACGCCAGAGAAUGGGGUGAACCCAGCUGACAGCGAGAACUACGUCACCAUGGUAGAUAUGACAUUUGUGUUCAGCAUGAUCUGGUCUGUGUGUGCCUCUGUGGAUGAAGAGGGCCGCAAGAAGAUUGACAGCUACCUCCGAGAGAUCGAGGGUUCCUUUCCCAAUAAGGACACGGUGUAUGAGUAUUUUGUGGACCCCAAAAUGCGGAGUUGGACGUCAUUUGAGGACAAGCUUCCUAAGAGUUGGCGCUACCCUCCAAACGCCCCCUUCUAUAAGAUCACGGUGCCCACCGUCGACACCGUGCGCUACAACUACCUGGUGAGCACCUUGGUGGCCAACCAGAAUCCCGUUCUGCUAGUGGGUCCCGUGGGGACUGGGAAGACCUCCAUCGCCCAGAGCGUUCUGCAGUCCCUGCCCUCCAGCCACUGGUCGGUGCUCAUUGUCAACAUGUCCGCACAGACCACAUCCAAUAACGUGCAGAGCAUCAUUGAGAGCAGGGUUGAGAAGCGAACCAAGGGUGUCUACGUGCCAUUUGGGGGCAAAAGCAUGAUCACCUUUAUGGAUGACCUAAAUAUGCCCGCUAAGGACAUGUUUGGGUCCCAGCCACCUCUGGAGCUGAUUCGCCUCUGGAUUGACUAUGGCUUCUGGUAUGACCGUUCGAAGCAGACCAUCAAGCACAUUCGAGAAAUGUUCCUGAUGGCUGCCAUGGGCCCCCCUGGGGGUGGACGGACCGUCAUCUCCCCAAGGCUACAGAGUCGCUUCAACAUUAUCAACAUGACCUUCCCCACAGAGUCCCAGAUCAUCCGCAUAUUUGGCACCAUGAUCAAUCAGAAGCUUCAGGACUUUGAGGAAGAGGUGAAGCCCAUUGGGAACGUGGUGACAGAGGCCACCCUGGACAUGUACAACACCGUGGUACAGCGCUUCCUGCCCACGCCCACCAAGAUCCAUUACCUCUUCAACCUUCGAGACAUCUCCAAGGUGUUCCAGGGCAUGCUUAGAGCCAACAAGGACUUCCAUGAUACCAAGUCCAGCAUCACACGGCUCUGGAUCCAUGAAUGUUUCAGAGUCUUCUCUGACCGGCUGGUUGAUGCGGCAGACACAGAAGCCUUCAUGGGCAUCAUAAACGACAAGCUCGGCUCCUUCUUUGACCUCACGUUUCAUCAUCUCUGUCCCAGCAAGCGUCCUCCUAUCUUUGGGGACUUCCUGAAGGAGCCCAAGGUGUAUGAAGACCUCACAGAUCUGACAGUGCUGAAGACAGUCAUGGAGACGGCUCUAAAUGAGUAUAACCUGUCACCCUCUGUGGUGCCCAUGCAGCUGGUGCUCUUCCGAGAGGCCAUUGAGCACAUCACACGGAUCGUGCGAGUCAUUGGACAGCCUCGGGGCAACAUGCUCCUCGUGGGCAUCGGGGGCAGCGGACGCCAGAGUCUGGCCCGCCUGGCUUCGUCCAUCUGCGACUACACCACCUUCCAGAUCGAGGUCACCAAACAUUAUCGGAAGCAGGAGUUCCGAGAUGAUAUCAAGCGUCUGUAUCGCCAGGCUGGGGUGGAGCUCAAGACCACGUCCUUCCUUUUUGUGGACACCCAAAUAGCUGAUGAGUCCUUCCUAGAGGACAUCAACAACAUCCUCAGCUCAGGCGAGGUGCCCAAUCUCUACAAGCCUGAUGAAUUUGAAGAGAUCCAGUCGCACAUCAUAGACCAGGCCCGGGCGGAGCAGGUGCCUGAGACAUCGGACAGCCUCUUCACCUACCUCAUUGAACGCGUGCGGAACAACCUGCACAUCGUGCUUUGCCUCAGCCCCGUGGGGGAUCCCUUCAGGAACUGGAUCCGCCAGUACCCAGCCUUGGUGAACUGCACAACCAUCAACUGGUUCCCAGAGUGGCCCCAAGAGGCCCUGCUCGAGGUGGCUGAGAAGUAUCUCAUAGGAGUAGACCUGGGAACUCAGGAGAAUAUCCACAGGAAGGUCGCCCAGAUCUUUGUCACUAUGCACUGGUCAGUAGCUCAGUAUUCCCAGAAGAUGCUGUUGGAACUGCGGAGACACAACUACGUCACACCCACCAACUACCUGGAACUCGUGUCUGGAUAUAAGAAGUUGCUGGGAGAAAAACGGCAGGAGCUGCAGGACCAAGCCAAUAAGCUGCGGACAGGCUUGUUCAAGAUCGAUGAAACUAGGCAAAAGGUACAAGUGAUGUCGUUAGAGCUGGAAGAUGCCAAGAAGAAGGUGGCCGAGUUCCAGAAGCAGUGUGAGGAGUACCUGGUCAUCAUUGUGCAGCAGAAGCGGGAGGCGGACGAGCAGCAGAAGGCCGUAACAGCCAACAGUGAAAAGAUUGCAGUUGAGGAAAUCAAGUGUCAGGCACUGGCUGACAAUGCCCAGAAAGAUCUAGAAGAGGCCCUGCCUGCCCUGGAAGAGGCCAUGCGGGCCCUGGAGUCUCUGAACAAGAAGGAUAUAGGAGAGAUCAAGUCUUAUGGACGGCCCCCAGCCCAAGUGGAGAUAGUGAUGCAGGCAGUUAUGAUUCUUCGAGGCAACGAGCCCACGUGGGCAGAGGCCAAGAGGCAGCUAGGGGAACAGAACUUCAUCAAGUCACUGAUCAACUUUGAUAAAGACAAUAUCUCAGAUAAGGUUCUGAAGAAGAUCGGGGCCUACUGCGCCCAGCCUGACUUCCAGCCUGAUAUCAUUGGCCGCGUCUCCCUGGCUGCGAAGUCCCUCUGCAUGUGGGUGCGGGCCAUGGAGCUGUACGGGCGGCUGUAUCGGGUGGUGGAGCCCAAGCGGAUCCGGAUGAACGCUGCCUUGGCUCAGCUUCGGGAGAAGCAAGCCGCGCUUGCUGAGGCCCAGGAGAAGCUGCGGGAGGUAGCUGAGAAACUGGAGAUGUUGAAGAAACAGUACGACGAGAAGCUGGCACAGAAGGAGGAGCUUCGCAAGAAGUCUGAAGAGAUGGAGCUGAAGCUGGAGCGAGCCGGGAUGCUGGUGUCGGGGUUGGCAGGCGAGAAGGCCAGAUGGGAGGAGACAGUCCAGGGUCUGGAGGAGGACCUGGGCCACCUGGUAGGGGACUGUCUCCUGGCAGCUGCCUUCCUGUCCUACAUGGGACCCUUCCUGACCAACUACCGGGAUGAGAUUGUCAACCAAAUCUGGAUCCGGAAGAUCUGGGAGCUUCAGGUUCCUUGCUCCCCUUCCUUCGCCAUUGAUAACUUCCUGUCCAAUCCUACCAAAGUCCGGGACUGGAACAUCCAAGGGUUGCCCUCAGACGCCUUCUCCACGGAGAACGGCAUCAUCGUCACCCGAGGCAACAGGUGGGCACUGAUGAUCGACCCUCAGGCCCAGGCCCUGAAAUGGAUUAAGAACAUGGAAGGAGGCCAGGGCCUGAAGAUCAUUGACCUGCAGAUGAGUGAUUACCUGCGAAUCCUAGAAAACGCCAUUCAGUUUGGAUACCCUGUGCUACUUCAGAAUGUGCAGGAAUAUCUGGACCCCACACUCAACCCCGUGCUCAACAAAUCUGUAGCCCGAAUCGGUGGUCGGCUAUUGAUGCGCAUUGGCGAUAAGGAGGUGGAGUACAAUACCAGUUUCCGUUUCUACAUCACCACCAAGCUCUCCAACCCCCACUACAGCCCAGAGACCUCAGCCAAGACCACCAUCGUUAACUUUGCCGUUAAAGAACAGGGCCUGGAGGCCCAGCUGCUGGGCAUUGUCGUGAGGAAGGAGCGGCCCGAGCUGGAGGAGCAGAAGGACUCACUGGUCAUCAACAUUGCGGCUGGCAAGAGGAAGCUCAAGGAGCUGGAGGAUGAGAUCCUGCGGCUGCUGAAUGAGGCCACCGGCUCCCUGCUGGAUGACGUGCAGCUGGUGAACACGCUGCAGACCUCCAAGAUCACGGCCACAGAGGUGACUGAGCAGCUGGAGACCAGUGAGACCACAGAGAUCAACAUUGACUUGGCCCGGGAGGCUUACCGCCCGUGUGCCCAGCGAGCAUCAAUCCUGUUCUUCGUGCUCAAUGAUAUGGGCUGCAUCGACCCCAUGUACCAGUUCUCACUGGAUGCCUACAUCAGCCUCUUCAUCCUCAGCAUUGACAAGAGCCACCGCAGCAAUAAGCUGGAGGACCGCAUUGACUACCUGAACGACUACCACACCUACGCUGUCUACAGGUACACCUGCCGUACCCUUUUUGAACGCCACAAACUACUAUUCAGUUUUCAUAUGUGUGCCAAAAUAUUGGAGACUUCUGGCAAGCUCAACAUGGAUGAAUACAACUUCUUUCUACGUGGGGGUGUGGUCCUGGAUCGGGAGGGCCAAAUGGACAACCCAUGCACUAGCUGGCUUGCAGAUGCCUACUGGGAUAACAUCACAGAGCUAGACAAACUGACCAACUUCCAUGGACUCAUGAACUCCUUUGAGCAGUACCCUCGUGACUGGCACCUGUGGUAUACCAGUGCUGCCCCGGAGAAGGCAAUGCUGCCAGGUGAGUGGGAAAAUGCCUGCAAUGAAAUGCAACGGAUGCUGAUCGUCCGCUCCCUGCGCCAGGACCGCGUGGCCUUCUGUGUGACCUCCUUCAUCGUCACCAACCUUGGUUCCCGCUUCAUCGAGCCGCCUGUGCUGAAUAUGAAGUUGGUGAUGGAGGAUUCAACCCCACGAUCCCCACUCGUGUUCAUCCUGUCCCCUGGUGUGGACCCCACCAGUGCCCUGCUCCAGCUGGCAGAGCACACAGGCAUGGCCCAGCGCUUCCACGCCCUGUCCCUGGGCCAGGGCCAGGCCCCUACCGCUGCCCGACUCCUCCGAGAGGGUGUUACUCAGGGACAUUGGGUGUUCCUGGCAAACUGCCACCUGUCACUGUCUUGGAUGCCUAAUCUGGACAAGCUGGUGGAGCAGCUGCAGGUGGAGGACCCUCAUCCAUCCUUCCGCCUCUGGCUCAGCUCCAGCCCCCACCCAGACUUCCCUAUCUCAAUCUUGCAGGCCAGCAUCAAGAUGACCACAGAGCCACCAAAGGGCCUAAAGGCCAACAUGACACGUCUUUACCAACUAAUGUCAGAACCACAGUUUUCCCGCUGCUCCAAACCUGCCAAAUACAAGAAGCUGCUGUUUUCACUCUGUUUCUUCCACUCUGUAUUACUUGAACGCAAAAAGUUCCUGCAGCUUGGCUGGAACAUCAUCUAUGGCUUCAAUGACUCUGACUUUGAGGUGUCAGAGAACUUGCUGAGCCUCUAUCUGGAUGAGUACGAGGAGACACCUUGGGAUGCACUUAAGUACCUCAUUGCCGGCGUCAACUAUGGUGGACAUGUCACAGAUGACUGGGACCGGCGCCUGCUGACCACCUACAUCAAUGAUUACUUCUGUGACCAGUCUCUAUCAACUCCCUUCUACCGGUUGUCAGCACUGGAGACUUAUUUCAUCCCCAAGGAUGGGAGCCUGGCUUCUUACAAGGAAUACAUCAGUUUACUGCCUGGCAUGGACCCCCCUGAGGCCUUUGGCCAGCACCCCAAUGCUGAUGUGGCCUCUCAGAUCACUGAGGCACGAACCCUCUUUGAUACUUUGCUUUCCUUGCAACCUCAGAUUACACCCACCAGGGCUGGAGGCCAGACCCGGGAAGAGAAGGUCCUUGAGUUGGCCGCUGAUGUGAAGCAGAAGAUCCCUGAAAUGAUCGACUAUGAGGGGACCCAAAAACUGCUAGCUCUUGACCCCUCUCCUCUCAAUGUGGUCCUUCUGCAGGAGAUCCAGAGAUAUAACACACUGAUGCAGACCAUCCUGUUCUCACUGACAGACCUAGAGAAAGGCAUCCGGGGCCUCAUCGUCAUGUCUACAAGCCUGGAAGAGAUUUUCAACUGCAUCUUUGAUGCCCAUGUUCCUCCACUCUGGGGAAAGGCAUACCCCUCACAAAAGCCAUUGGCUGCUUGGACCCGGGACUUGGCCAUGCGUGUGGAGCAGUUUGAGCUGUGGGCCAGCCGGGCCCGGCCUCCUGUGAUCUUCUGGUUGUCUGGUUUCACCUUUCCCACUGGCUUCCUCACUGCUGUGCUGCAGUCUUCAGCUCGCCAAAACAAUGUUUCAGUGGACAGCCUCUCCUGGGAGUUUAUCGUUUCCACUGUGGAUGACAGCAACCUAGUGUAUCCCCCCAAGGAUGGUGUCUGGGUCCGGGGCCUGUACCUGGAAGGUGCUGGCUGGGACCGGAAGAACUCCUGCUUGGUGGAGGCAGAGCCCAUGCAGCUUGUCUGCCUCAUGCCCACGAUCCACUUCCGGCCUGCAGAGAGCCGCAAGAAGAGCGCCAAGGGCAUGUACUCCUGCCCCUGCUAUUACUAUCCCAACCGGGCAGGCAGCUCAGACCGAGCCUCCUUUGUCAUCGGCAUUGACCUGCGGUCUGGGGCCAUGACAUCUGAUCAUUGGAUCAAGAGGGGCACUGCUCUACUCAUGAGCCUGGACAGCUGA